AUGGAGGAGAAUCCUGGCGGCAGUGCAGAAAUAAACAGCCCUCUAGUGUUUGCCCGACCUGAUAGUGGGAUAUCCAGUUACCUCGACUACCCCGCCAGUACACCAUUCAUCAACACAGACUACACACGUGCAGCAGAUGAGCCUGUAGAUGCUUUCCCAACCAGUAACCGUGAUGCUGUCAUUUCCGCCUUGAAAAAUCUCCAUGAAAAAGUGAAAAAGUUGGAGCUAGAGAGGAAUGUAGCAGAACAAAAUCUGCAUAGUUUAGCUUCAGAAACAGAACAAUACAAAGUACUUCUGAAUGUGGGAAAAUACACAGAGAGGAGCUGUAACAAUGAGCAGGAGCAGGCAUCUGAUGGUGAACAUGUGUUCACUAAACAAACCAAAGAGCUGGAAGGACAGAUAUCGUCUGCAGAGCGCCGAUGCCAGCGUUUAGAAAAACAGCUUGAGCAGAUGAGAAAGAUGGUCAAUAACUCUGAGCAGAAUCAGAGAAAUUUACUGGAACAGAUGAGAAAGCUGCAGAAGAAGGAUCUGACUGACACAGACAUCAGAUUUCAUAAAGAGAGACUUAACGAGCUAGAGAGGGAUCAGCAAAGGCUCGUUCUCACUCAGACAUUAGCUGAAUCCAAGAUCAAGGUGCUGGAACAGAUGCUGCAGGAAGAGAGGUUGCACAGAGAAACAUUGCAACAAAGAACAGACCAGCUGGAGUCUGCAGCACAUGACAAGCAUACACUGUCUCCACCUUCGUCACCACAAACAACAGAUCCUGAACCUCCAGUGACACAAGUUUGGAAAAUGAGGAAAUCGGCAAAGAAGAAGAAAAAGUCUUCUAAACAUUUGCCAGGCACUUCUAGAUCUGAUCCUAUGAGACACUAUCGGCUCAAUUUAGCGGAGAUUCCAUUUGUGGCAGGACAGUCAACAGGUCCCAGCCAUUCCCUCGGUGCCAAUGUGCAGAAUGUGCUGGCUAUGCUGAAGCUGCACAACCCUGUCCUUUGUUCUCAAGUCGGUGCCGAUGGGCACUUUCAGAGGUCAGACCGCACAUAUCCUGGGGGCUCAUAUGAUGGAGAAAUCAAACACGUUUUACAUGAUCUGCUCAACCAGUUGCAGGAUGAGUUUGGGCGGUUAAGUAGCCAGCAUCAGGCAGUCCUGAGCCAGAUGCAUGCAGCUCGUGAUGUUCGAGUCAGGCAAACACUGGAGCAAGAGCUGGACAUGCUAUCAUCAAACAUGGAGAUGAAAAUUCAGCAAAUUACCAGAAUCCGACAAUAUCAAAGCAAGAUGCGUGCCACUUCACAAGCUCAACAGACAACAGUUCGAGGACCAAGGUCAAGGCCCUUGCACACAGCAGCCGACAUUCCACGGCAACAUGACACUGGUUUUAGCAACAAGAACAGCAACUCCAAAUCUCACAUCUGCAGCAGCAAAACAAAAGACAGUAACACCCCAGCAAAUCCUGCCUUAUCAGUUUUAAAAGAUGUGAAAAAAAUACAGCGGACAUUACGGAAAGAGGACCUGUACUGGGAAUAA